AUGUCGGGCGCGGAGAACCUCGUGGAGAAGAUACUGCGCGGGAUCGAGUCCGAGUUCUCGGAGAGCGACGACGAGGUGCCGAGGUGGUCGCCGACGCGGCUUGAGCCGAGCAGCGCGUACGUGCGGCGCGCGGGGGCGUACGCCGAGCGCGUUCGUAGAGAGGUUGAGAACGAGCGUGAAAUCGGGAUUUCGCCGCGAACAUCGGUGAAUCCGUCGUCGAAGGACGCUCGCGUGGAAGAUGGUGUGGAUUUAAGCGCGCGGUUUGCUCGCGCGGCGAACGCUUCGGUUCGGGACGGAGACGCGGACGCGUCGUUCGUCGAGGAGUUACGAUCGAAUCUUCCCUCGGGUGAUCCGUUGCGGGUGAGGGGUGGGCGGAAACGGGCAACGAUAAAUGUGUCGGCGUCGAAGUCGCCGCGAGGGGUGAGCGGACGCGCGAUGUCGGCGCUCGGAGCGAGUCGGGAGCACAUGGAGGCGCUCGCGAGCGAGUUGACUCGCGAGCGCACUUCGCACGCGCACACGAGGAAGAAGUACGAAGAUUUGGGCGCACACGCAUCGGCAGUACUGCGUCAACGUGAUGAGGCGCGAGAGCAAGCAAACGCGGCGACCGAGAGGGAGCGCGUAGCGAAUGCGCGCGUGGAGGAACUCGCCAGACGUUUAGACGAGGAGCGCGCGGCAAGCAAAGAACGCUUGGAGGAAAUCACAGCGUCAGGAACGGCUUGGCGGGAGGCGCAGAUGGUUGAAAUCAACGCCCUUCGCGAUGCUGCGGAGAUGCGAAUGCGCGAGGUGAACGAGGCGUCGGCGCACGUGGAGGAGCGCAUCGCGGCACGAGUCGGGCACUACGAAAAGCUCGUGGCGGACGCCGAGAGAGACGCCGUGAAGCGCGCGCGCGAGUCUCUCGGGAGAUUCGGUGCAUUGGCAUCGUCGAGGGAAGUGCAGGCGCAGCGAGAGGUGAGCGCGCUAAGGGCUCGAGUGGAGGAAUUGGAAGACGCGUGCGCGACAGCGAAUCGCGAGCGUUCGAGCGCGCAGCAUGCACACAACGCGGUUAAACGUGACAUGGAGGAAACGACGGUGCAGAUAGAGUCGUUCCGCGUCGAGCUCACAAAUGCAAGGGACGUCAUACACGCCCGAGAUGAAGCUUUGGGGAGCGCGCGUCGUGAUUUACGAAACGCCGAGGGCGAGCGAGACGAAGCUCGAGCCAAAAUCAAUCGCUUGGAAAUCGCCAACCGCGAUUUGACCGUCAAGGUGUCGUCUUUGGAGGAGGUUUUGGGCGACGUCGGCGGGCACAAGCGAAGUAUAAUGAUAUUGCGCGCGAGAAUUGCUCAUCUCACGUCGGAGAGUCGAAGGGCUAAAGAGAUCGCCAUUACCAUGAGGGAAACCGUCUCCAAGGACGUCGAAGCGCUUCGCGAGGCAUGCGCUCGAGACGCAAGCGAGGCGCUCGAUAUCACGACGAAGUACUACGAGGCGCGGCUGCGCGCCUCAAGCGAAGAACGCGUGAUUCAACUUAUUCGUCAAGUGAAGAGACUCGAAGACGAAAUUACCGAUCUCAAAAGGGUGCACGCGCUUGAGAUAGAACAAGUGAUUGAGACGGAGCGAAGCGCCGCGGCAAACACAUCCGAGAAGUCAAUCAGAUCUUCGACGCAGCGCUCGAUCGAGGCGGAGAAAGCGAAGGCGGUGGCGGAAAUGAGCGCACGAGAAGCCCACGCGCGCGCCGAGGUUCUGGUGAAGGAGAGAGACGCAAUGGAAGAGACGCUUGUUGCCGCGAAUGAGCACGUUGCUCAACUCAAGGCUGAGCGCUCGACGUUCGAAGAAAAGCUCCAAAAUAUGAAACGCAAGCUCGAAGAGUCCGAGGCAAACGUACAGGAUCUUGGGAGAUUACUCAGCGCGCGUGGCCGAUCGAGCGACGAAGAUGAUGAUGGUAGCGAACGUUUCAAACUCGACUCUUCGGCCGCGAGUGCCGCCGUCGAAGCUCUCAAGAAACAACUCGAAGACGCUAGGGCGGAGACGGCGCGUGCAGUUAAGCUCGCGGAAGAAACUGCGCAGCUCGAAAUCGAGGCGAUCAAACGAGGGAUGGAGAUGUCGUCGCGCCGCGCACGAGACGAGACGGAGCAGCGAAUCGCUGAACUCGAACGCGAGCUUCGCGUGGCACUGGAAACAAAAAAAGUUGCCUUUGAAGAACUGCAAGAGCUUCGUACGCAAAUUGAGCGGUACGAGGCGCUUACGAGAUUACAAGACGAAGCGAUGUCGUCAAGCAAGUCGCAAGUGAAGUCAUUGUCUCAGCGUUUGAUGUCACUGGAGACGAGCGUAUCUGGUUCACCAACGCCGACUUCGCCCGCUCGAUCACCGGCGAGCACGACUCGCAGUAGAAGUUUCUUCGUCACCCCAGGGAGUAUUUCGAGUUUCACCCCCGGAUCACCCGUGGCGAGGCCCGCACCGACGCCGCUCACGGUUGCGCGUCCAUUGCGCUCGCCUGGGGUCUCUCCGAUAAAGCCAAAGAGUCCGCUCUUUAGAAAUCUCCACGACGACUUAGGGGACGACGAGUAG